AUGGCUGAAGAAACACCUGUGGCAGAUGCGCCCGUGGCAGACACCCCCCAAUUCUCGUUUAAAAAGCGCAAAGGCAAAGCCAACCUCCGCAAAAAGCCCGCCACGCCACCACCGGCUUCAGACUCCGGCUCUGACUUCACCUCCUCCGACGAUGAAGAAGGCCGACGGAUCAAACGGCGGCGCAACAAUGCCGCCGUCGCGGCAUCCUCUAAAUCGAACGUGAUCCGACGCCCCGAAGAAGUAAAGACAGCCGCGCCAGCGCCGUUGACCACAAGCAACGAUGCGACCAAGUCCUCCGAAUGGUACGACGAAAACCUCAACGAAAAGAAUCUGCUCGGUACUACGCGGGCCCAGCCUGCGACAUCAGAGGCAGAUGGAAAAUACAAGGGCGCAGCCAACUAUCAAUCAUUCAUCCAGAAGCACCCGGAUGCGCCGUCCAAGUUCGGUCCUAUAAAAGCACCCACGAACGUGCGCACAAUCACAGUCACGGAUUUUGCUCCGGAUGUGUGUAAGGACUGGAAACAAACUGGUUACUGUGGCUUUGGAGAUUCUUGUAAAUUCUUGCACAGCCGUGAAAGCUAUAAACAAGGCUGGGAGCUGGAUCGCGAUUGGGAAAUCAACACCAAGGGGAAGAAGCUGGAUGGCAAAGUGGUUUCCCAGCGCAAAGGCGCCGGCAAGGCCACGGAAGAAGAGGAGGAUGAGGACGAGGAUGAAUUGCUGGAAAGCAUUCCCUUUGCCUGUAUCAUCUGCAAGAAUCCCUACCAAGAGCCCAUCAUCACCAAAUGUGGACACUACUUCUGUGAGGCAUGUGCUCUGAAGCGGUAUCGCAAGACUCCUACUUGUGCUGCGUGUGGGGAGGGAACUGGCGGGGUGUUCAACGUGGCGAAGAAGUUGAAUGCUUUAUUGAAUAAGAAGCGGGAGCGGGCUCGCAAGCUUCGUGAAGAGGCGAUUGCUAAUGGGGAGGAGGUUAGUGAUGAAGAUGAUGAGUAA